UCUGUGUAUAAAAAACCAAAACCAGUCGGAUUAUACCUGUUUGAUGAAAUUACAAACAGCAUUCUUUAUACAUAUGGAAUGUUACUAGUUGUGUCACUACCCAAGCUUCCUUCGGGAUGGUCCAUACGGCUUUUAACAGGCUGGUACUGGCUGUACUGUAUACUUUUGGUUGUAUCAUAUCGAGCCAGCAUGACAGCUAUAUUAGCUAACCCUGCACCAAGAGUUACCAUUGACACACUUCAAGAGUUGGUCGACAGUAAAUUAAGGUGUGGAGGAUGGGGCAGUGAAACAAAGAAAUUUUUUCAACAAUCACUCGAUGAAAACGGACAAAUAAUAGGAGAAAAAUUUGAAAUGAUUGACAACCCUGAUGAAGCAGUCCGUCGUGUCGCCCAAGGCGCAUUUGCUUACUAUGAUAACUCAAACUUUCUGAAAUAUCUGAGUGUCAAAAGAAAAAAAGUUGAAUUUAACAAGAUCUAUAACAGUACAGAAAAUGAUACAGAUUUGACAAACCGAACCUACACUGAUAAUGAACUUCACAUCAUGACCAAUUGUGUUGUAAAUGCACCCAUAUCGAUAGGAUUCCAUAAAAACUCUCCUUUAAAACCAUUAGCUGAUCGUUAUUUACAAAAAAUUGUCGAAGUUGGUCUUGUUGUGAAGUGGCUCAAUGAUGCUAUGUAUUUAAUCAGAUCACUAGACUCCUCUAAAGAUGAAAUAAAAGCAUUAAUGAAUCUACAAAAGAUGUACUGUGCUUUCAUAGCCUUAGCUAUUGGUUACAUAAUAAGUGUUAUUUGUCUCAUUGGUGAAUAUCUCCAUUGGAAUUUAAUUGUUAAAAGAGACCCAAAAUUUGAUAAAUAUCAUAUUGAUCAGUACUUUAAGAAGAAUUAAACACUAAAUGUAUAAUCAUUAUGUAUUUUGUCAUAAUUUAAAUGAUAAUCAAUCAAAUUUCAUAAUGUAAGUCUUAAGUUUAAGUAAAUAUUGUCUAGAACUUAAAAGAAUUUAUUUUACAUGCAGAUUGAAAAGUUUUCAUAAAUUUUGCCAGUCUUCAUAUUGUUAAUAGGUUCUUAUUGUUAUAAAUUAAAUAGUAAACUAAAGUUAAGACUUAUGUUAGUGUAAUUUAAAUUUUUAUUUUCCACUACAUAAUAUUAUAUAA